CUUCCGGCCCUUCUCCCCAUCUCUUUCCAUUCGAUUCCAUUUCUGCUCACCCUUCCACCACCUUAUUCAACUUCACAUCUCUUCUAAUAUAAGUCCACACAUUCACCACGCACCAUGUCCACCUUGGAAGACCUUGACGACCUCGAGCGCGAGGAGAGAGACAAGAAGAAGGAUCAGGGCGAUGGCGAUGGCAGGAAGCCCGACGGAGGCGACGGAGAUGCCGACAUGGGCGACGCUGAGAAGAAGGACGAGGGAGACGAGCUUUUGGAUGACGAGAUCCUGAGCUCCAGCACAGCGGACAUCGUCAAGCGGCGGCGAAUGCUGGAGAACGAGCUGCGCAUAAUGAAGAGCGAAUUCCAACGAUUGACACACGAACAGAGUACGAUGCGGGAGAAGGUCAAGGACAACCAGGAGAAGAUCGAGAAUAACCGACAACUACCAUACUUGGUCGGAAAUGUCGUCGAGUUGCUGGAUCUGGAUGUCGAGGCCGAGGCGGCCGAAGAAGGGGCCAACAUCGACUUGGACGCAACCCGGGUCGGCAAGUCUGCUGUCAUCAAAACGUCCACCCGCCAAACCAUCUAUCUCCCGCUCAUCGGUCUCGUAGACCAUGAGCAGCUCAAGCCCGGUGACCUGAUCGGUGUGAACAAAGAUUCCUAUCUGGUGCUGGACACGCUACCGGCCGAGUACGACAACCGAGUGAAGGCCAUGGAGGUCGAUGAGAAGCCGACGGAGAAAUACACGGACAUUGGUGGCCUGGACAAGCAGAUCGAGGAGAUUGUCGAGGCUAUCGUAUGGCCGAUGAAGGAGGCCGAACGCUUCAAGAAGCUGGGUAUCAAGGCGCCGAAGGGUGCCCUGAUGUACGGUCCCCCCGGUACCGGUAAGACUCUCCUCGCCCGAGCCUGUGCCGCCGAAACAAACGCGACAUUCCUCAAGCUGGCGGGCCCGCAGUUGGUGCAGAUGUUCAUCGGUGACGGUGCCAAGCUGGUAAGAGACUGCUUCGCGCUGGCCAAGGAGAAAGCGCCCUCAAUCAUCUUCAUCGACGAGUUGGACGCGGUAGGAACAAAGCGAUUCGACUCGGAGAAGUCCGGUGACCGUGAAGUGCAGCGAACGAUGCUGGAGCUGCUGAACCAGCUGGACGGUUUCGCCUCGGACGACCGCAUCAAGGUCCUCGCCGCGACGAACCGCGUCGACGUGCUGGACCCUGCCCUCCUGCGAUCCGGCCGUCUGGACCGCAAGAUCGAGUUCCCUCUCCCCAACGAGGAGGCCCGCGCAAACAUCCUGCAGAUCCACUCGCGCAAGAUGUCCGUCGAGGACUCCGUCAACUGGGCCGAGCUGGCCCGCAGCACCGACGAGUUCGGCGGUGCCCAGCUCAAGGCCGUCUGUGUUGAAGCUGGUAUGAUUGCGCUGCGCAAGGGUCUGAACAAGAUCGGCCACGAGAAUUACGUCGACGCUAUUCUAGAAGUGCAGGCCAAGAAGAAGGACACCAACAUGGGUAUCUAUGUCUAAAUAGAUUUCUUAGCAUGUUUUUGUACUUAUCCGGUUUUUUUGUGGUACAUCUGUAUCUACACUUCCAUCGGGGUCUGAUAUAUGUGCCGUUUCUGCCGAUAUUUGUUUUGCCUGUGGAUUCCGUCGGCAAAUAGAUAAAACAGUAAUGAUAUGGUCUGUCCUCG